UGCCUGCCUCAGCCUCCCACAGUGCUGGGAUUAACAGGGCUAAGCCUGGCCCUCGACCUGUAGAUUUUAACUGACACCCAGCCAGGCGGCCCCCAGCCCAGCCCUCCAGCCCCAGGGAUGUCCUAAAAGGCCUGGCUGUGGGGGUCGCUCCCCACGAGCCCUGUGUCUGCAGGCUUCAGCCCGACUCUUCCUCUCACACUUCUCCUUCCCUCCUGAGAGGGGUCCCCGUGGGGUGGCCCUGUUUUCUUUGGCUGCAAGAGGAAUGGGGCUUGUGGAGGUGAGGGGAGUGUCUCAGGGUCUCUUCUCCCGCUGCCUGCAAGAUUACUACACCCCGGCCAUGCUGGGCCUGAAGACCGACCAGGAGGUGCUGGGAGAGCUGGUUCGGGCAAAGCUGCCGGCCGUGGGGGCCCUGAUGGAGCAGCUCGGCGUGCUGUGGACGCUGGUGGUGUCCCGCUGGUUCAUCUGCCUGUUUGUGGAUGUCCUGCCUGUGGAGACAGUGCUUCGGAUCUGGGACUGUCUGUUCAACGAAGGCUCGAAGAUUAUCUUCCGGGUGGCCCUGACCUUAAUUAAGCAACACCAGGAGUUUAUUUUGGAAGCCACCAGCAUUCCAGACAUUUGUGAUAAGUUUAAGCAGAUUACCAAAGGGAGUUUCGUGAUGGAGUGUCACACGUUCAUGCAGGUGAGUGAGUGCGGGUGCUCACGGGGCACACGUGGCUCCGUCCCUUCCCCAGGGGGCCCCGCCUUACCUGCAGCCCAGGGCUGCUCUGACCACACGAGGGUGACAGGACGGGCACCAGUGUCAGUGAGCCUCCGGCUCUGUCCUGCGUGCCUGGCCUCCCAGGGCUUUCCUCUCCCCGUGGACGCUGCUCCUGGUCCUACAGCCCGUCCUCAUCUGUUCUCUGUGCUGCUGGAAUGGCAGCUUCCCGAGGCCCAGCUUCCCUCCUGGGUCCUGUAGCUCGCGGGGGUGGUAGAGACUCAGGCCCUGAUGAGGGUGACAUGGGAGCCGCACCCAACAGGACUUCUGAGGCCAAGAGGCGAGGACAGGCUCAGGCCCAGGAUGCUGCUCAGCUCCCUGAGAGGGAAUGGAGGCUUGGGGCCCCUCGGGAUGCAGCAUGGUGGGGGUGGGGGGUAUUUCAGCAGCCAGGGCCUCAGCAAAGAGAAGAGAACGGU